UCAUGACGAGCAAAAAGAGUCUUGUCCAAAUGACACAAUUUCUUCAAGUCAUCCUUUCGUGGGGGACUGUCAAAAGUUUAUUUUUUGUUUCUAACGGAAUAUGUUAUGUAAAAAAUGUGCUUAUGGCACAGCAUUCGAUAAAUAUCGAUUAUUUUGCAAGCAGAACCAUAGAGCAGAAUGUGACUACUGGAAUACAACCAAUUGCAAUGCACCUCAAUUAUCUGGAAAUAAUGCAAGUGAUAUUUUAUGUUCUCAGCUGUCAAAUGGACUAUAUCCAUAUCCUUUUGAUAAUUACUAUUACAUAAAUGUGUACCAGCAAAAACCUUUAUAAAAAAUUGUCCUUACGGUAAAAAUUUUAGUACCACAAAAGGAAAAUGUGUAUCAGUUCAUAAACCACAAUUCGAGAAUUUAGACAAUAAUGAUCUAUAUAAAUUUUUACAUGGAUGUCCUCUUGAUAAGAGAGGUAAAUAUUUGUAUCCAUAUACUCCCAGAAAAUAUAUAAAAUGUGUUUGGGGCCAGAUGAAAGUACUAGACUGUGAUCCCUUGGAAGUAUUUAGUAUCAGCCAAGGUACCUGCUUACCUGAAGAGCAGGUACCACAUGGCGAUCAUGUCGCUUUACCAACAACUAAACCAAUUUAUACAAAUGGUCCUGCCAAGUACAAUGAUACCAUCGACUGUCCAAUAGAGUUAUUUGGAUUAUAUCCACAUCCAUUUAAUAAUCAGAAAUAUUUGAAAUGUGUUUAUGGGCGAUUAUAUGAGAAAACCUGUUUUACCGGUUAUGUUUAUAACAUUUUUACAAAAUUUUGUGAAAGAAACGAAACUAAUUUGUUUAAAAUGUUGCCACCUACUGGGAACAAUAACACUGACAAAUCAAAAGUUGAAAUACGAACGAAAGAUGGUUCUACUUUCCUAAAAUGUCCUAAAGAUUUAGAUGGUACUUUUAUACAUCCUUUUUAUUGUGACAAAUACAUAAUAUGUUCUCCUUUUGGCACCAAUAUAAGAAACUGUCCUAUUGGCAAUGUUUUCAAUUUUCAUAAAGGGACCUGUGGCUUAAAGAGUGAGCUGAAGGACCAAUAUCAUGUGGAGUGCAUAGAAAAUAAUGAAAAUUCGGAAGAUAAAAAUACCUUGGGCGUAUAUUGUGAACCAAAAGGUAACAAGACUUAUCCACAUCCUACAAAUUGGCAUAAAUUUAUUCUUUGCUCAGAUGGGAAACUGCUUGUUCGAUGGUGUCCAAAAAAUAAAUUUUUUGAUUUAGAAUCCCGCAAAUGUAUUAAUGACUCCAACGAAAUUGAAGAGUAAUAGGGCUACAUAUCAAAUUUAUAAUGAUUAGAUAAAUGAAAUAUACAAUCUUAUUUAGUUCCUAACUGUUUCUGAUUAAUUGUUAUUUCUGAAAUGCUUUAUUUACAUGAUAGCAAUGUUAUAUUGUUCUUUUUUCAUAAAAUACUUAUAUGUUAAUUAUUUGUAUAGUUUAUUUAAUAUUUGUCUUAUUUUAAUCUUAUUUGACAUUCUGAGUAAUUGUUUAUUUAAAAACAUAAUAACAUUUUUUUUGGAGUCAAGAGUUAUUUAAAUAUAUGCACUUAGGAGUAAGUACAUACAAUUAAAUGUAGAAGUCACUGAAAAUAAAAUGAUAUACA